GAGGGCAGAGCGGGUACAACAAACUGCUCUGACAAAGAGACCCACGUAACCAACACCACCAUUCACAUUUCUUUCUUGCCUCUUUUGCUUUUAUUUCACUUCUUAUGCAAUUUCAAAUCAUGUUUCAGAUCACCAACUGUUUUUACCUUCAUAUCCUCUCACGUUAACUCCUCUUUCUUCCUUCUUUUCAGCUACAAUUACAAACACGUCACGUACAGUUAUGGCUCAAGAGCUAUUGGAAAUUCAACCACUUGAACUCAAGUUUACAUUUGAGGUGAAGAAACAAAGUUCAUGCUCAAUUCAACUUGGCAAUAAGUCUGAUCAGUAUGUUGCUUUUAAGGUAAAGACUACCUCUCCAAAGAAAUAUUGUGUGAGACCCAAUGUAGGUAUCAUCAAGCCAAAAGCAACAUAUGAUUUUGCAGUUACUAUGCAAGCUCAGCGUGUAGCUCCACCAGAUUUUCUGUGCAAAGACAAGUUCCUUAUUCAAAGCACAGUGGUCCCCUUUGGGACAACUGAUGAGGACAUUACAUCUGAUAUGUUUGCAAAAGAUAGUGGCAAAUACAUUGAUGAGAAGAAGCUACGAGUGGUCCUUAUUAGCCCACCCCAAUCGCCCAUUUUGUUACCAAGAAAUGGAGAAUUAAAGCAAGAUCCAUUACAGGAAACAUCAAUGCUGAAGGAUGUAGCACUGACUGGAGUCGAGAACAUACCUCCAGGCAAUAACGUAGCUGAUGAUGUGGAGGGCCCUGAAACUGCUAAGGUCACAGAUGAGUUAAGACCAACCAAGGAUGUGCAGGGGUUGGAAAUGGGAAAGGAUAACAAUGGAUGGAGAUCAGCUGAGGACGUGCCCUCAAGGCCUGUAAAGGUUGUAGAGGAAUUGAAACCAGAGAAAGACAUACUGGAACUGAAGUUGGCAAAGGAUUUUGAGCAGUUGAAGUCAAAACUAAAUCUAGCAGAUUCACGGUUAAGAGAGGCUGAACAUACCAUCAAGAAGCUGACAGAAGAGAGUAGCUUUGCCACUCGAGAGAAGGAUAUGCUUAAGCAUGAAUUAGAAGUGUUGCCGGGAAGGAAAAAUACAGUGAGAACAGUUCAGGUCGGUUUCCCCUUGCUCUAUGUUUGCAUGGUCGCUCUUAUCAGUUUUGUAGUGGGAUACCUCAGCCAUCAAUAG